CUGACAGUUCACUUACUAUCAUGUUUAGCUGAAUGUUCGUCUGCUACACGUCCAGAAGAAUGUCGGUCAUUAAUUGAUGGGGUGAAAUGCAUAUUUACUGAUCGUGCCUGUGUGAGAUUUGAUCCAUUUGUCAGCUACAAGCAAUCCUUCUUGUCUUUUGUCAAGAACGAAUCGCCAAAAUCAAUGUCCGAGUGCAGGAAUACCGCGUUGAGGCAAGCUCUGCAAAUAUGCGAAGAGCAGAAUGAUUGUAUGUCAUGCACUUCUGAGCCUGGCUGUGGUUGGUGCCCGUCUGGAGAUCAGUGCCUUCCGAACGAUGGUGAAUGCGUUGACGGACAGGUGAUGCUAACGGCAUGGGAGAAAUGCUCCUCAUCGCGGGAUCCUUCACCACCUCGUCCUUGUGGAAUGGCAAAUGACUGUCGGAGCUGCAAAUUACUGCCUCAUUGCAACUGGUAUGCAGUUGAAGGAAAACCUGCUUGCAUUCCAUUAGAAGAUGAAAUACUACUGAGAAAAGAGCAGCUGGAUCGUGAAUUGGACCGCGUCGCUUCCUCCAGUCUACCUCUACGAUUACCCACUACGCCGCCGCCGAUUCCUCCUGGUCAGAAUCUCUCAUACUGUCCUCUACCGUGUUCGUCAUUGCACACAUGCGGUGAAUGUCUACAAGAACAGAAAUGCAUGUGGUGUCCAAGUACUAGCAGAUGUAUUAAUAUGGAGGCGUACGCUCUAUCCUUCGCCUACGGCCAAUGUCACUCAUGGGUUGCUGGUCAUGCUCAUGGUUUUGCUUUCUCCAAAUCUUGUAGGAUAGGUAGGUUCAAUGUGCGAGUAUUCAAUUUCACCACUCCAAUUACAAUUCAAGUAUCGUUUGCGCAGUCACCUCCUAUUAACUGGGUGUUGUUCUUUGUGAUAUUUGCAGCCUGUUUCAUCGUGCUUUUGGUUGUAGCUGGUUUACUGUGGAUGAUUAAACUUCGGAUUGAGGUGUAUCGAAGAAAUCAACGGAGAAUUGAUGAAAUCGAACAUAUGGCAUCUCGCCCAUUCUCCUCGGUCAAACUUGAACUGACAAGCCCACACUGCUAUGCGGUAGUACUACUGAGAAAAGAGCAGCUGGAUCGUGAAUUGGACCGCGUCGCUUCCUCCAGUCUACCUCUACGAUUACCCACUACGCCGCCGCCGAUUCCUCCUGGUCAGAAUCUCUCAUACUGUCCUCUACCGUGUUCGUCAUUGCACACAUGCGGUGAAUGUCUACAAGAACAGAAAUGCAUGUGGUGUCCAAGUACUAGCAGAUGUAUUAAUAUGGAGGCGUACGCUCUAUCCUUCGCCUACGGCCAAUGUCACUCAUGGGUUGCUGGUCAUGCUCAUGGUUUUGCUUUCUCCAAAUCUUGUAGGAUAGAGUCGUCGAAUUGUUCUUCGCACAAGACGUGUGCCGAGUGCCAGCUGUCCCCAGAAUGUGGAUGGCUCGAUGAUGGCUCACGUACAGGACUUGGAACAUGCACUCGAGGAUCAGCACGUGGUCCACUGGAGCGUUCUCCAGAUUUUCAUCCUCAUCAGUGGUACUUCACUGAUUGUCCAGCGUGCCAGUGUAAUGGGCAUUCGAUGUGCAACGAGACUCGCCACACCCUUGGUGGUGUCCAGGAAGUUUGCGGUGAAUGCCAAAAUAAUACUAUGGGAAAGCAUUGUGAAAUUUGUGCUCCUGGAUAUCAUGGCGACCCACGGAAUGGAGACAAUUGUGCAGCUUGCCAAUGUAACGGACAGGCGGACACCUGUGAUCAUAUCACGGGCUCUUGUCACUGCAGAACAAAAGGUGUCAGUGGAGCUAGUUGCGACCGCUGUGAUCAGAAAUAUUAUGGACAGCCGAAGAAUGGAACUCCUUGCUACUACGAACUCAGCGUUGACUUCAUUUUUACGUUCAAGCUGAAGAACGAGGAUAAGGAUAAGCAUGCCACUGAAAUCUAUCUGUUCAGUAUUCCUCAUAAGAAGGAUACGGAUGUUACCUUUCAAAUCAGUUGUGAUGGAGGAUCCCAAGCAAACGUGGCGUUGAAUAUCACUUCUUCUUUGUUCGAGUCAACUCCCAGAAGAAUGAUGCUAAAUACUACUUGUGACUCGAAAGGCUUCCGUCGAGUUUAUGUCGGGCUCUCAAGAUCGUCCGAAUUAUGCCUACGGAACGAUCGCCACCACUUUCGUAAGUUCUAA